AUGGCCACAUUGGCCAUGUCAACACCCUCGUCACCGACCUGGCCGAAGCGCCGACCGAAAGCAUGGGCCAUGCGCUGCGAGCGGUACUGCUGUGCGGCCGCGAGUUACUUCCCUCUGGCGUUCGUCUACAGUUUGACAACAUGGGCGGUGUACGUUGAAGCCAGCGUGGGUUUAAAACCUAGCAGUAGUUCUUGGAUAGGUAUGUUGUUGCAGUCUCGUAACCUGUCUACUCUACUCACGGCUUCCCUCUGCAGGACUACCAAGUUCGAUCCUCGGCGUCGUCCUCUACCUAGCCCUCAACAUUUCUUAUACAACGGCCGUCUUCACAGAUCCCGGAUCACCUCUAGUGGUGGGGGUCAUCCAUACAGUGCGUUACCGAUUACCGAGUUACCCGAAUAUACUUCCUACACCGUCAACUCUACCGGGGGGUCGCGGUUUUGCAAGAAAUGCCAAUGUCCGAAGCCGGACCGGGCGCAUCACUGCUCCACGUGCAAGCGGUGUGUGCUGAAGAUGGACCAUCAUUGUCCGUGGCUGGCGACUUGCGUUGGGCUACGCAACUACAAAGCGUUUCUGCUUUUCCUCAUUUACACGUCGCUGUUUUGCUGGGUUGAUUUUGGUGUCUCAGCAAUCUGGAUCUGGACGGAGGUUUUUAAUGACACACGGUAUAUGGACGGUAUACUACCGGUGAAUGUCGUGUUGUUGUCGAUUCUCGGAGGCAUCAUUGGGCUAGUUCUGACCGGAUUCACGGCUUGGCAUAUCAGCCUUGCCACCCGCGGUUUGACUACGAUUGAGUGCUUGGAGAAGACUCGAUAUGUUUCGCCGUUGCGGAAAGCGCUGGAUCGCCACCGUUAUGACGGCUUACUCGGCACCAACACCGGCGGCGAGAACCAAGAUACCUUCGGCAGCCGACUGCAAAAUUACGGAAACCAAAUAUUGGACGCCCAUGCGAAUGCCAUACCGGGGGUAACGCGCCCGGAAGAAGGGGAGGAAUCGAGCGACAACCUCACACCCGCACAACAAGCUUUGUCCCGCUCUUACGCGGAUCUGGAACGGCAACGCGAGCAUGACCGUUACGAAGACUACCUAGCGGAGCUCGAUAACGAAAAGAUGCCGCAUGCCUUUGAUCUAGGCUGGAAGCGCAAUCUGCUACACCUCUUUGGCGACAGGCCUCUUCAUUGGCUCGUACCUACGCCCACUACGACAGGGAAUGGCUGGGAGUGGGAGCCAAGCCGUAAGUUUUUGGAAGCGCAAGAGCGGGUGCGUCAGCAGCGGGAGCAAGUAGCGGAACAGCAACGACAACACCAACGUGAUUUGUACUUGCGGAACAUGAACAACAGCCGCGCCUGGCUGGGUAAUGAGUUACCUCCGGGGUGGACACCGGAUCAGCCAUUAAGCCACUCAGACGAUGUAGCGCGACCUGCUACUGGUGUUUCAAUGAAGACGCUUGCUCCAAGGUCUCCGCGGCCACGGCCGGGUGAGGAAGUCUAUGCGGAGGAUCUUGAUAAGGAUGAUUUUGUUCUCGAGCCAACGCGUGGUAAGGGAUCUGGAAAUCAGAGCUCAAGAGAGGAUGACUGGCGUGACUGGGAUUGA